AUGAAACUGCUCCUUUCUCUUGCUCUUGUUUUCGUAGCUGUGGACCCUGCUCAGGCACAGUGCACCACCGAAUUUUGCCCCGGUGGGAUCACAUUGGAAGGCGGAGAAGUGGAUCUUGACGGUACCAUAUUCACUUGUUCGGAAUUGAGCGCCUCUUGGAGUUCAAUCAUUGCCACCCCAAAUCUUACUACCCAGGAAUGCGCUGGUCUAACCAUUUUGGCAGGAGUCAACUGUUGUCCAACAAAACAAUAUCCGGCAACAUGUUUUCUCUGUAAUUCCGCAGAAGCCAUCUUCAAUGCAAACAAGGCGUUGCCUGAUAGUGAGGUGCCAGUCUGUGGUAUCAUCGAUGCAUUGUUCUCUUAUGCCGAAAUUGAGGCAAACUGUACCGCAGGGAAAGCAGAGUUCGACCAAUCUUUCAACCUUGCCUCGUAUUGCGAAUGUUCAGAUGUUCCUGCACCGGAUCUUUGCAAGGUCUGCGAUGACAAUCAAAUUGUCAACACGAAAACGAGAGCACUUGUUCCCGAUGGGGAUGGUCUAACAUGCAUUGAGGGUUUCGAAUAUGCCAGGCAUGUUGCCAACCAGACAGUUUGCGACCGCAUUGAAACUAAUGAAUCCAAGGCUGCAUGCUGCGUGGUCGAGGCCUUCAGCAGUGGAAUCAGCCUGUCUAUGAAGACUCUUGUUGCCGCCUUGUUUCUUGGAGUUAUGUGUGCCAUCUGA